CCUCCCCUCCCCCUCCCUACCUCACGCACACACACGCGCGCACAUGCAUACGGACGGUUGGACGCUGCAGCGUUUUUAAGCGAGUGUUGGCGAACCAGGAGAGGAGGGAGGAGGCAGGAGGAAGCCGAUCAUGUCCGGAGCGUGUUAGGAGGAGAGAGAGGACGCGGCGGCGCACGUUGACACAUUAGGAAAAAGGCGGAAAGAAGAAGCUGGUGAUCGGUCGGAUGGAGGGGGGGUGCGUUUUGGUGUCAUUGCAGACAUGGGUCGCCGCGGCACGACACCUUGCCUUGAGCUCCUUGGGGGGUGUUUUCGCUGUCAGUCCUUCGGCUCUGCAAAUGGCGAUGUGCUGCUGCUGAUGCGGAGCCCGGGAGACGCAGCCGAGGCGGCGGAUGCCAGGGAAUAAUAAAACAGACUCAUAUAUGAUCACCUGCGCUUUUCUUUGCCUGGGAUUUUCCGUAGCGGUGGACGGUACCAUGGUGAAUUACCAGAAAUAUAUUACUGUGAUGCAGCUGGCUCUGGGGGUGACCGCCUCCAACAAAGAACAUUGUCUUCCACCCAGGAAACGAAUGUGGAUACACCCCAGCCCGACCGCCGGCUCCGUCACAGCAGCCUCCUCUGCGAGCACCGUUCAGGGCAAACCGUCACUCCGCCGCAUCAAGGGCCGAAUUCACAGGAGCAAGAGCUUGGACAGCAUCGACCUCCUAGAUUCCAAUAGCGCAGCAAUGGAGGAGACUGUCAUUUGGGAACAGCACACUGUAACACUGCACAGGGCACCAGGGUUCGGCUUCGGGAUAGCCAUAUCAGGAGGCCGAGAUAACCCUCAUUUUCAGAGUGGCGAGACCUCCAUUGUUAUCUCAGAUGUGCUAAAAGGCGGGCCGGCUGAAGGUCUACUACAGGAAAAUGACAGAGUUGUCAUGGUCAAUGCUGUGUCUAUGGAUAAUGUGGAGCAUGCCUAUGCGGUCCAGCAGCUUCGUAAAAGUGGAAAAAUUGCCAAAAUCACAAUCAGACGGAAGAGGAAGGUUCACGUCCCCAUGGGUCGCCUCGGGGAGAGGGAAACCAUGUCCGAGCAUGACGAGGAAGAGGACAGUUACGACGAAGAGAUAUACGAGACGCGGAGUGGACGUAGCGGCGCGUACAGCGGCAUGGGCGGAGCCAUGGGUCGGCGCAGCGGUCGGAGCUGCGGCCGAAGGGACAGGGAACGUGAACGCAGCGGCUCGCGAGAGCGAAGUCUCUCACCGCGGUCGGAUCGCCGCUCACACAACCUGCCUCCUCGCCCCGCCAAGGUCACGCUGGUUAAAUCACGGAAAAAUGAAGCAGAGUAUGGCCUGCGCUUGGCCAGCCACAUUUUCGUCAAGGACAUCUCCCCCGAGAGCCUGGCAGCCAGGGAUGGAAACAUCCAGGAGGGCGAUGUUGUACUGAAGAUCAACGGCACAGUGACCGAGAACCUCUCCUUGAUUGAUGCCAAGAAGCUGAUAGAAAGGUCGAAGGGCAAGCUAAAAAUGGUUGUCCAGAGAGAUGACCGGGCGACCUUGCUGAACAUCCCUGACCUCGAUGACAGCAUUCCUUCAGCCAACGCCUCCGACAGAGACGACAUUUCAGAUAUCCAAUCUCUGGCAUCCGACCAUUCCAAUCGAUCGCACGACAGAAUUCGUAGCAGCCGCUCCCGCUCUCCAGACAGACGAUCGGAACCCUCGGACCACUCCAGACACUCGCCACCUCAAGUCAGCAAUGGCAGUUGGAGAAUACCUCACAGAAGUCGAGAUGAGGAGCGGCUAUCAAAAGGCGCUUCAACACCAGCAAAGCUUUCAGAGGAAAUUCCUCUGCCCAAGCCGAAGGAGCCGGCUCUCACCAGAGAUGACAAACAACUUCCGCCGCUCCCAGAGCCGAAGCCAGUUUACGCUCAGCCUGGACAGCCUGACGUGGACCUGCCUGUCAGCCCAUCCGAUGCCCCUGUGCCGAGUGCUGCCCACGAUGACAGCAUCCUUCGGCCGAGCAUGAAGCUGGUAAAGUUCAAAAAGGGGGAGAGUGUGGGGCUGCGGUUGGCAGGAGGGAACGAUGUUGGCAUCUUUGUUGCCGGCGUGCUGGAGGAUAGCCCAGCUGCAAAGGAGGGCCUCGAGGAGGGUGACCAAAUUCUCAGGGUAAACAACGUCGAUUUUGCAAACAUAAUCCGAGAGGAGGCAGUGCUGUUCCUCCUGGAUCUUCCGAAAGGUGAAGAGGUCACCAUUUUGGCUCAAAAGAAGAAAGAUGUCUAUCGGCGGAUCGUUGAGUCUGAUGUGGGUGACUCCUUUUACAUCCGGACCCACUUUGAGUACGAGAAGGAAUCUCCAUACGGGUUAAGCUUUAACAAGGGCGAGGUGUUCCGCGUGGUGGAUACCCUCUACAAUGGCAAGCUGGGUUCCUGGCUCGCUAUUCGCAUUGGCAAGAACCACCAGGAGGUGGAGAGGGGGAUCAUCCCUAAUAAAAACAGAGCGGAGCAGCUCUCCAGCGUGCAAUACACACUCCCCAAAACAGCCGGGGGCGACAGGGCGGACUUCUGGAGGUUCCGCGGUCUUCGCAGUUCAAAAAGGAACCUCAGGAAAAGCCGAGAAGAUCUUUCCUCACAGCCGGUCCAGACAAAAUUCCCAGCUUAUGAGAGGGUUGUAUUGAGAGAAGCUGGUUUCCUAAGACCUGUUGUGAUAUUUGGACCUAUUGCCGAUGUAGCACGAGAGAAACUGUCUAGAGAAGAGCCAGAUCUUUUUGAGCUUGCAAAGAGCGAGCCCAGAGAUGCAGGAACAGACCAGCGCAGUUCAGGAAUUAUUCGUCUUCACACCAUCAAGCAAAUCAUAGAUAGAGACAAACACGCUGUGCUGGACAUCACUCCCAAUGCUGUGGACAGGCUGAACUAUGCUCAGUGGUACCCAAUCGUAGUCUUCCUAAAUCCCGAUAACAAGCAAGGUGUGAAAAACAUGAGGACAAGACUGUGUCCAGAGUCCAGGAAAAGUGCCAGGAAGCUGUAUGAACGAGCCAUCAAACUGAGGAAGAAUAAUCAUCACCUGUUCACCACCACCAUUAACUUGAACAACAUGAAUGACGGUUGGUACGGAGCGCUUAAAGAAACCAUCCAGCAGCAACAAAACCAGCUCGUGUGGGUGUCUGAGGGAAAGGCGGACGGCACCACGGAAGAUGACUUGGAUAUCCACGACGAUCGUCUGUCCUACCUGUCGGCGCCGGGUAGCGAGUACUCCAUGUACAGUACGGACAGCCGCCACACGUCCGACUACGAGGACACGGACACGGAGGGCGGCGCGUACACCGACCAGGAGCUCGAUGAGACCUUGAAUGACGAGGUGGGUCUGCCCACGGAGCCUGCCAUCACGCGGUCUUCCGAACCUGUGAGGGAAGACCCACCUGUCAUUCAGGACACCCCCGGUUACCCCGGAUACCAGCACCCAGUGUCGCCUGACCCAGCGAACCGUAUAGACCCCACUGGCUUCAAGAUGACAUCCCCACAGCAGCAAGAGGAGGCUUCUCUGCCCAUGCCCUCCUUGACCGCAGCGGUGGUAGCGCCCCCUGCUGUUGAGCAGCCUGUACAGCUAGAGGCUUUGCACCUAGAGGAGCCGCCCCAUGCUGCAGCCGCAGCUCCUCAGGCUGACUCACUUAGCAGCCCCAGUCCUGCCCCUGAGCUUUUUCAGCCCCCACCACCACCACAUGAACACUACCCACCUGGACCACCUGGUCCAGAACCAAAGAUGUUCAAGAAAGACCUGUACAAUCUGGAGGAACCUGUGCGAAUGAACCAUGGCCUGAAGCAGUCUCUGAGCUAUACUCACCAGCUCCCGUACCAGGACAAGCAGCCAUACCGGGAAUACGAACACCCGCCUUACGGUUACGACGGAGGCGGCUUCACAGAACCAAAGUCUCACAACACUGACUCUCACAUGCACUACGACAACCGUGUGCCUCAUUACAACGAACAGUGGUCGCCCUACGACCAGCAGACCUCACCCUCCCAGCCCCCAGCUUACCAGCCGGGCCACCAGCAACCCAUCGCCUACGCCCCCCGCUCGCCGUACGAGGACGGGCCCGGGAGGGACUACAGCCCGCCACAACCUCGAUACGAAGACGCCCUUCCUGUGGGAUACGAUGGCAGAGCGCGCCACACUAAGUCUAUUCGCUACGAUGACCCGCCUCCACCGCCGCCCCCUGUUGGCUACGAUGCGCGCUCUCCCUAUGAGGCAGACGCUCACAGCUUUCCCAUUAACUCGCCUCGUUCUCCAGAACCGCCAAAGCAGUACUACGGCGAUUCUGGUUUAAGGCCCGCCUUCAUUCCCGGUCCACACCGGGGCUUCAAGGCAGGGAUGCACGAGCCUGUGAUGAACUGCGAACCACCAAUCCUCCCUCCUAAAACAGAGGUCGUCACAUCCCCUUGUGAACCAGCAGUCACUCCUGGAUCUAAACCCUUGCCACCCCUCCAACGGGAAGACCUGGAGGAAGACCCGGCCAUGAAACCACAGUCGGUCCUCAACAGAGUAAAGAUGUUUGAAAAUAAACGCUCCGUUUCAAUGGACAGGGCAAAGGAAGGAGACUCGUCAGUUCUCAGGCCAGCAGAUGUUCCCAAACCUUCAAGUGCACCUGGUCCAGUGCUCAAGGCAAAUUCGCUCAGCAACCUGGAGCAGGAAAGGUCUUCCUACAGGGCUCCUGAGCCGCAGAGGCCUCACACCAAACCGCUCGAUGAUGUAAUGCGUACCAAUCACUAUGACCCGGACGAAGACGAGGAGUACUACAGGAAGCAGUUGUCCUACUUUGAUCGUCGGAGCUUUGACAGCAAAGCCAUGGGCCAACCCAAUCCUGGCAUCAGUCGCUUCCACGAUGUGGCCAAACCAGCUCAACUGUCGUACCCGUACAACAGAGUGGAGUCUGUCGAGAAAGUGAGUCCAGGUGACAAACGAUAUGACCCCCUACCUCAGAUAAGCCCCUCUUCUCAGUACGGACCCCCUGGCUCUGCCAUCCCACCCAAUACUCUGCCCAAGCUCAUCCCAAGUGAUGUGAACUCCAUAGCCGAGCCACUGAGCUCCCCCAAACCCGACCUGGCAGCUCUCAGACCCGUUAGCAGGGAUGAACCCACACCAAUCGGCUAUCUGCCCCCAAGGGCCCUUCCCGACAAGUCCUCUGUCAACGGCACGGAGACGGCUCCCGCAAAGACCGUCGGUGCUCCCGUUCCCAUCGGUUACAACCGCUACGUCCCUAAGCCGUACACCAGCUCUGCGCGGCCGUUCGAGCGCAAGUUCGAGAGCCCCAAGUUCAACCACAACCUGCUGCCCAACGACACACAGGUGAAGACGGAGCUCCUCGGCAAGCCCGGCACGGUGAGCAACAGCGGGGGAAAGCUGCAGCUCUCCCCCCAGCCUCUGGACCACGACAGUGGUCUGGACACCUUCACUCGCACCAUGGACAACAGGCCCAAAUACCAGCACAAUAACAUCAACGCCAUCCCCAAAGCCAUUCCUGUAAGCCCCGGCGCACUGGACGAUGACGACGAGGAUGAAGGGCACACGGUGGUGGCCACCGCCAGAGGCAUCUUCAACUGCAACGGUGGGGUCCUAAGCUCCAUCGAGACGGGCGUCAGCAUCAUCAUCCCCCAGGGUGCCAUCCCCGAGAACGUGGAGCAAGAGAUCUACUUCAAGGUGUGCCGCGACAACAGCAUCCUGCCCCCCCUCGACAAGGAGAAAGGAGAAACGCUGCUAAGUCCGCUGGUGAUGUGCGGCCCUCACGGACUCAAGUUCCUGAAGCCGGUGGAGCUGCGCUUACCUCACUGUGCGUCUAUGACCCCUGAUGGUUGGUCUUUUGCUCUAAAAUCCUCCGACUCCUCGUCGGGUGACCCUAAAAACUGGCAGAACAAAUCUCUCCCCGGAGACCCAAACUACCUGGUGGGUGCAAACUGUGUUUCUGUGCUCAUCGACCACUUCUGAAGAAGGCGACAGCUGGUCUGUUCUUGAAUGUGAAAGAAGGUGGCAAGGUGAUAUGGGGGGGGUGGGGCACACGGUGAAUCCACCACUCUCACUUUGUUUACCUGCCUAACCCCUCCAAAAAUGAGGAGAGUCCAGCAACGUCCAGCUGUUGUUGUUAGGGUCAUUUUUCCGGUGCUUUUGAGGCUUGCAAAAAAAAAAAAAAAAGGAA